AUGAACAACUUGAACCGACCUGUCGAACAAGCUCUGGGCAUCCUAGUCCCUACUCACGCUGCUUACUUGCCUGAAGAGCUUGUAAGCCUUGCCAAGAGUCUUGUUGCGCAGUCUCGGAGCCUGUCGAGCAGCCUGAAGCCAGAGGAAGAUAUUGCUCGUCCCUACGCUUGCGCGGAGAUCGCUUGCCGGAGAUUAACUCGCGCCCUUAAGCUUCCCCCGUUACUCGGCCAUCCGCCAUGCCCACCACGCGUGUACAAAAAGCUCUAUACAUUGGUGGAUAAGUCACUUUCGGCCAGCUCGUCGGGCAUGAAACGGUCGGCGAGUGGCUCGAUAGCCGGGUCACCAUCUCGAGCUAGCUCUACCCAGACAACACCAACCAAAGCAUCGUCCAUUGCACACUCCCCCACGAAGGCAGCGCCAACGCCGCGCGGUCUUCAAAACACGCCUUCCAAAUCCACGCCGCUAAAGAGAAGCGUCAGCGUCGCCAACAAUCUUGGUUCACCCUCCAAAUCGGCAAGGAAAUCCGUGUCAGGCCACCCAAGAGGCAUUUCCGCUUCAACGAUCAUUCCCGACGCCCCGGCAUGGGCGAUGACCGCCAUCCGCACCAUAUGCAAGACGCUUGCAACACCCGCCCCUCGAACGACUACCUGGUCUAGACCUCCAAUUUCGAGAACCCUGCCGCCUCAUAUCUUUGCAGGUGUCUCGUCCAUUCUUUUUAUGACAUCGAGCAUGUCUAUUGAUGAAGAGGGGUUUGAGCAAGAUGUCCUGGACUUUCUGGAGCCCAUUGUGUCUAUCAAGCCUGCGGGCAAUGACGAUGACUUCAAAGAGCUAGUCUACGCCAUGGCAGUAGCAGUUUACUUUCUUGUUCUGGCCAGGCGACGUAACCCAGCGCCAUCUGCAGAGGGCGAAGAGGUGAAUUCUGAAGCACAGAAGAUGGAUAAAAAGACAUUCACGGAGAUGCGCCAGACCGCGCUGACAAGUCUUGGCCUCCCGAAUGACCGUCGGCACCGUGAUGAUGUGGACCAGUGGAUUGCUCUCAUUAUGGAGCAAGGAUGGGCGAACGGGCAGGAAUGGUUUGAGAACAUUCCCCUUGCUGGGGAACUGGAUGGCGAAGAUGAAGAAGGCAAUUCCUAUCGGAACAUGGACGAAGAAGAUGCAGCUCUUCGUGGGGUCAAGCUGCCCAAACGCCGCGAACCUGCCGCCGGAUCUCGUUCUACCCCUACAAAUGCUCCUCGUGGGGGUUUGUUGCCUGGCCUUGGUACCAUGAUGCAGGAUCGAGUGGAUUGGCUGAGCGAAGAUCGCCAGGAGGAUUUUUUGGAGUGGAAAGCGGACAUCAUGUCUCGCAUUGGCCAGGCUGCUGCAUGA